GUGCGCUAAAAAAAGCAAAAGAGAAGGAGCCCAAUAAUUACCCUUGCCGGCCCAUAUUUACCGGUCUCGCCGUUUCUUCUCCAUUGCCCCACUCCGCCUCUUCCCUCCGAUCAGGUGCUCGUGAAAACUUCUCCGAGUAGAUUUUUUUGAUCGCACACGACGAUGUCGCUGAGGCCGAGUGAAAGGACCGAGGUCCGCCGGAGCAAGUACAAAUCGGCGGUGGACGCUGAGGAGGGCCGUCGCCGCAGGGAGGACAACAUGGUGGAGAUCCGCAAAAGUAAGCGCGAGGAGAAUCUGCUUAAGAAGCGCCGUGAGGGGCUCCAAGGACAGCAGUUUCCCACCUCCGUCCCGGCAUCCGCCUUCGACAAGAAGAUAGAAAGUCUUCCUCGAAUAGUAGAAGCUGUUUGGUCAAACAAUAAAGAGUUGCAGCUUGAGGCAACCUCACAUAUCCGGAAAUUGCUCUCGAUCGAAAGAAGUCCCCCCAUUGAUGAAGUUAUACAAUCUGGAGUGGUCCCUCGAUUUGUUGAGUUUCUGGCUAGUGAGGAACCACAGCUUCAGUUUGAAGCUGCUUGGGCACUCACAAACAUUGCCUCUGGGACCUCAGAAAAUACCAAGGUCGUUAUUGAUCACGGGGCUGUUCCCAUUUUUGUCCAGCUAUUGGCUUCCCCUAGUGAUGACGUUCGUGAGCAGGCUGUUUGGGCCUUGGGAAAUAUUGCUGGGGACUCUCCAAUGUGUCGUGAUCUUGUCCUUGGCCAUGGGGCAUUGAUUCCUUUACUGACUCAAUUGAAUGAGCACGCGAAGCUCUCAAUGCUGAGAAAUGCCACAUGGACUUUAUCAAAUUUCUGCAGGGGCAAGCCUCAACCUCCCUUUGAGCAGGUGAGACCGGCACUUGCAGCUUUGCAGGGCCUUGUUCAUGCAAAUGAUGAAGAGGUUUUGACUGAUGCAUGCUGGGCACUCUCUUAUCUUUCAGAUGGUACAAACGACAAAAUUCAAGCUGUCAUUGAGACAGGUGUUUGCCAAAGAUUGGUUGAACUUCUUCUCCACCCAUCUCCUUCAGUACUCAUUCCUGCCCUUCGUACUGUCGGAAAUAUUGUUACUGGAGAUGAUGUUCAAACUCAGUGCAUAAUUGAUUGUGGUGCCCUCCCUUGCCUGUUGAGUUUGUUGGUUCAUAGUCACAAAAAGAGCAUCAAGAAAGAAGCUUGCUGGACAAUUUCCAACAUAACUGCUGGGAACAUGGCCCAAAUACAGGCUGUGAUUGAUGCUGGAUUAAUUGGGCCUCUGGUGAAUCUGCUUCAAAACUCUGAAUUCGACAUCAAGAAAGAAGCUGCUUGGGCUAUAUCAAAUGCUACUUCUGGUGGAAACAAUGAACAAAUUAAGUUCUUUGUUACUCAGGGUUGCAUAAAACCUCUGUGUGACCUCCUUGUAUGUCCUGAUCCAAGGAUAGUCACUGUGUGUUUGGAAGGGUUGGAAAACAUAUUGAAAGCCGGGGAAGCAGAAAAGGAAAACAACGAGGACAUUAAUAAUUAUGCACAGUUUAUUGAUGAUGCUGAUGGUCUGGAGAAGAUUGAAAACCUACAGAGUCAUGACAACACUGAAAUAUAUGAGAAGGCAGUUAAAAUACUGGAGACAUAUUGGUUAGAUGACGAGGAAGAGACUUUGCCUACGGAUGAUGGCACUCAAAAUGGAUUUAAUUUUGGAGGAAAUGAUGUUAACGUCCCUGCUGGUGGAUUCUCUUUUGGCUGAGUCAUAUAAAGAAGUCGAGCCGGGGAAUUUCAAGUCCAGAUUGAGGAAGAUGUCUGGGUGUCUGAGGUCGUCUCGAGUCAGGUCAGCCAACCUCCCAACAGUUGGGUCAGUAUGGGUCCGGUCCAGUCAAGUGUCAUUGUCGUGGUGGUUCUGGGGGUGGCUAAAGUAUAGGGUCUUAUCAUCUGAAGGGGAUGCAAAAAUGAAACAAAAGUGAUGUGCUUGUGGAUGCAUCUUUUUGGGAAUACCGUCCCAUCCUGAUGCCUAAUACUUCCCUUCAUUUUUGUGUCUGAGAGAGUGAGUGUUGUGUUGAAGGGAUUUGUUUAUUGUCCUUGAUCGAGUUAACGAAAUGAUGAGUCAUGUUCUUUAAAUCUAUUUACGGGUAUUUUUUGAAAGGGAUGUGUAGAGGUUUAUUGGUCAAUUUGCAAUGAAUCAUACACCAAAUUUUACCGGUUGUCAGACGUUUUUUUCCCCAUUCAAGUCUCUGAACUUUAGUUUAUCUCGAUAAAAUACCUAAAGUUAG